AUGGAGGGAGAGGCUGAUAACCAGCGGAGCGUGUUGAACCUGGUGGCUGCGUUUGAAGAGCACUGGGCCUGGAGGGACAAGCAGGCUCCACACAUCCAGCCCACUCCUGCAAGCAGCCAGUCGCAGCGGCUUCCAGCACCUCCAGCCAGCCAGAGCCUCUCCCAGAUGGAUGCCAGGCACCAAGCGGAGCAAGGGAACAAGGAGGAGCAGCAGCAGGGGCAGCGCGGGCUCAGCUUCAAAUGCCUCAGUUCCUUCUGGCACAAGAUCAGUGAGGACAACUGGAGGAGGCAGCAGGAGCCCGGGCUCGAGCCUGGCAGCAAGGAACCAGAGGAGAAGAAGAUCGCUCUGGAGCUGCUGGAGACAGAGCAGGCAUAUGUCAACCGCCUUCACCUUCUCGACCAGAUAUUCUAUACGGAGCUGAUGAAAGAAGCCAAAAAUGGGAAGACAGUCCCAGAGGAGGUGGUGAAAAUGAUCUUCUCCAACAUCUCCUCCAUCUACCAGUUCCACUCCAAGUUCUUCCUGCCAGAGCUGCAGAAGCGCAUGGAGGAUUGGAGCUGCAACCCGCGGAUCGGGGAUGUGAUCCAGAAGCUGGCACCAUUCCUGAAGAUGUAUGGUGAAUACAUCAAGAACUUUGACAAGGCCCUGGAGCUCGUCACAGUCUGGUCAGAGAAAUCACCACCCUUCCAGGAGCUCAUUGCUGACAUCCAGAAGAGGAAGGUCUGUGCUAACCUAACACUGCAGCACCACAUGCUGGAACCUGUGCAGAGGAUCCCACGCUAUGAACUCCUCCUGAAGGAUUAUGUCCAAAAACUGCCUCCAGAGUCCCCAGACUGGGAUGAUGCAGGGAAGGCCCUGGAGAUGAUUUUUAUGGUGGCCAAGCACUCAAACGCAGCUAUCGCCGAGAUGGAACGGCGGCAGAACCGCUGGGUGGUCUACGAGCGGCUGGGCCUCGAAGAUGACAUUGUGGAUCCCUCCAAUGAGCUGAUCAAGGAGGGGCCGAUCCAGAAGAUCUCCACCCGCAACAACAGCACAUCGGAGAAGUACCUGUUCCUGUUCAACAACAUGCUGCUGUACUGCGUGCCCAAAGUCAUCCAGGUGGGAGCUGAGUUCCAGGUCCACCUCCGCAUCAAUGUGGACAGCAUGAAGGUGCGGGAGCUGAAUGACACACAGUUUCCAAACACAUUCCUGGUCUCAGGAAAGCAGCGGACGCUGGAGCUGCAGGCCAGGUCUGAGGAGGAGAUGAACGCCUGGAUGAAGGCCUUCCAAGAUGCCAUUGACAGGAAGGAGAAGAGGAGUGAGACCUUUAAGACAGCAGUGCAUGGGCUGGAGACAGGCACCCCUGCACUGAAGCCCCAUUGAUGCAGUCUCCCACCCCAGACAGAGGAGCUGGGCCGCCGUGCUCCGCAGUGGGUGCGGGACAACCUGGUGACCAUGUGCAUGCGCUGCAGGGAGCCCUUCAAUGCCAUCGUGCGCCGCAGGCACCACUGUCGAGCUUGUGGAUACGUGGUGUGUGCUCGCUGCUCCGACUACAGGGCUGAGCUACAGUAUGAUGGGAACCGCCUGAACCGUGUGUGCCAGGAGUGUUACGUCUUCCUGAUGGGCCACAUGGUGCUCAAGGACCGGGAGGAGAAGCACAAAGGCAUCCUGGAGAAGGGAGCUGCAGAGGUCUCAGGCCGGAGUUUGCUCUGCAGUUCCCUGCAGCUGCUGGACAAGAACAGCAAAGGAGGCACGCGGGGCUGGUUCGUGAUCCCGCAGGAUGAUCCCCUCGUGCUGUACAUCUACGCAGCCCCCCAGGAUGUCCGAGCCCACACCUCCAUCCCGCUGCUGGGAUACACAGUGAGGGACCUGCCGCAGGAGAAUUCCCAGCACCUUUUCCAGCUGGUGCAGUCCCGGCAGGUCCACACCUUCGUGGCUGACACCGAGGAGCUGAAGCGGCGCUGGAUGAGGGUCAUGGCGCGCUGCGCCGCAGGGAUCACGCACCCCGAGGAGGAGGAGGAGGAAGAGGAUGCAGAGUCCUGCGAUGAAGCAGAAUGA